UACCGUAUACAAUAAUUCUGUCGGAGAUCCCCUACUGAGGUGCCUUGCAACUGUACGACUUCGUCGGUGUUAUUGAUAAAGGCGGCUCUUCCUGUCUGAAGUGUUAGUAAGGCUUCAUCGGGCCUGUUGCGCUACGCACGUACCUAGAGGUACGAAUGCCUCAAACCGGCGUUUGUAUUUACCCUGCAACGACAACAACACUGGCACAUUUUGGCUCGUGGUACAGUCGGAAAGGGCAGCGUCAAUUCAACAUGUCCGAUCCUUACCAAGAACUGGCUCUGAACCAACAGCAGCAUGCACGGCAGACAGCAGGGAGCUUAUGGAAACGCGGUGGAACGUUUGAGGCCGCCGCAAGAGUCUGUCGUGAUACACGACAUUCCCUCCGAGGGUCGAAGAAACUGGACAUAUAGACCAAAUAACUUCACAGUUGAAAAUGCGAAAUCGGCUGGAUGGUCUUCAGAGUCGAGACAGCAAAUAGCCCUCUUCACUGACUUCGGUGCUGUGGCCCUAGCCAUCGAGCCGGACGAGCCCAACUUGCUAUCCACACUCAGGGAGGAGAAAUGAGUGCACAAGAAAGGGGAGUGAAUAUUCAAUUUUCGAUUUGUCGACAUUUAUAGUGGUCUAUACUCAACUUGACAAUUUCAAGCCAAACGAAUAUUCCUCAAAGACAGCACUCUCCUACUUUUACUGCGUAGAGGUUUAC